CUAAAUUAGAUUUAAAUCGAGUCGAUAACAAGUGCGAGCCAAGUCGCGUUCUACGCUGAAGAAACCCUUGUUUUCACUUGGCUUAAAUCGGAUUUUUCGCCCGCAACCGUCUCGAAGGGCUAGACGCAGCGACUCGAUUUAAAUCGACUUAAAUCAUUGGGCAUAAGCUGAAGGUCUUACGGGAUUUGCUCAAAUGCUGGAUGGGGUACAUUAUGAUUGAUCUUCUCGGGAAGAACCCAGCCGAUAGCGUCAAACAAAUGGCCAGCCUUAUCGCCGCUACUAUAGCGACCUUGCCCGCCCCCGCCGACAUCUCUCCAUUCGAAAACAAUGGGCCCGUAGAAGAUGCGGGAUCAAGCCGUCUAGGAAAGAAGCAGUAUGGAAUUCGUCCCCAUCUGAAGAUCACCUACCAACUCUCGUCGAACUACAAUGCUCAGGAGACGUUGCAGACUUGCGUCGAUAUUCUCAGGCGACGAUUUGUAAAGGCUGGAAUCGGACGUCAUGUCGAGAUCAGUGUCCGAGAGGACCUUCGCAGGGUCCAUCCCGAGAUCAUCGAGCCCUGGCAUUACAGUGACCAGGCGGCGAAAGGAACGAGUACGGUGGCGGAACGCAUGAAUACCAUGUCAACCGCUAGGCCGGCUCCUCCUGCGCCGACAACCACCGCCAGGGUCGACCUGUUCGAACCUGAGACUGAGGACGACGAGAUCGAGACCCCCACCGAGGUCGUGGACGCCGAUGCUCACCUCGCGACUCCGACGGCUGGCGACAACGAAAGGGUCGCUGAAGCCCCCGCCGACCCCGCCGAGGCUGUGGGCGACAACGGUAGGGUCGCUGAGACCCCCGCCGACCCCGCCGAGGCUGUGGGCGACAACGGAAGGGUCGCCAACUCUAGCACCUCUACUACUGCCGCCAACGAAUGGACCAACGACAGGAUUCGAGUACGAAGCAGCGAGAGCUACGCGGCCCCCCUGCCGGCCCCCAAGAGGACUCAUCAACUCCAGCCGGCUCAUCAACUCCAGCCAAAUGGACUACUAGACGAUCGCGUUCCGUCUUCGAAUGAUCGCGUUCCUUCUUCGCAUGAUCGCGUUCCGUCUUCGCACGAUCGCGUUCCGUCUUCGCAUUUGGAACGGAUCAAGGAAUUGGCGAAGCUUGAAAAGGAGGAAGCGGAUAGAGAGGUAGUCAAAUCUCUGGAGAGGCAAAAGAAGGCGGGUGAUAUUCUGGCUCUUCUGGGCCUUUGAACUCGAACAAGUGUAGAGCACGAGAUUUUUGAUAAGAUACA